CUCAUCAAUGCAGGGAGAGGGAGCUUAUAAGGCUGCCGCUGCUGCUCCUCCUCCCAGUUAUGGUCGUAGGGGCGGAGAGAGAGCUUCGUCGUAGUCAGUCAAGCCCAUUAGCUCAGCUGCAUUGCGAGAGAGGCUCUCAACUCUUCACGCCUUCUUCGUCUUCUUUUGUCCCAGCCUACUUCGUGUUCAUUGCGAUCGGUCGAGGUCAGAAGUAGCCAUCCAAUGAUUUCGCAGUUGUGAGCGUCGGGAGCAAGGGUUAUUGGUUCCACGCUUCUGUGCUUUGCGUUCUCUCUCUUGUGUGUAGGGAGCGCAUGACUUAGCCAUAAGUUCGUCUCGAUAUUGAGCAGAAUUAGCUCGCGGCUCUGAUUGCACUUCUUCAUCGGCUGCCGCGUUUGAAUUUAGGCAGCCUUUUGCUUUUGCACUGCACUCGGGUUGUUAUCAUCGCGAGUUGGGUUUGUCCCAAGUUGUUGUUGUUGUUGUUCUUCAGCCAGGCUUCGCAAUUUGUGGAUAGCGAUGAGCACUUGGAUUAUGCUGGAGGAUUGAGUUCGUAGGAAAUUCUGUGAUGAUUAUAUCUUUUUUAUCUUGUGGAAUUUUGUGAUUAGGUGUAGGCUCUAGAUCGUUAGAUUAUUGAACUUGUAGUGCAUAUCUAGAUUCCUCACUAUCGAUACAUCUCUCAAGGCCCACGCGCUUGGGGGUCCUUUUGAUGAAAUUCUCUGAGCUCGUUUGCCAGCAUUGAGGCAGUUAUGUCGCGUGAUUGCAAAAUAUUGGCAGCGCCAUCCUCCACCAUUGUCAAGCUACUUAGUCCACUCAAUUAGCGACCCUAAUGAUUUGCUAUUCACGCCUACAUGUUUCCUAAAAACCUGCCACACUAAGCCUGAAAUGAUCUAGUAUAUCAUAACACUCACAUCAUAGAACAUCUAAGUUCAUCACCAAACAUUGCAUUAUAAAUCCUCAGUUUGUUCGGAACCGUCUAUGCCCCAAUCCUGAUUGAGUAGAAUUUGAGCCUAGGAGAUCAAACGACGUGGGAAAUCUACAAGAGCGAGGGAGGAGUUUGCUGGCGUCCUUCCGAAUCGCGCCUUGUAUGUAGUCCCAACUUCAUUCUCCAGUCCGUAGCGAUCCCAAACUUCCCAAUAACAGCAGACAUCACCCACAGAGCUUGCAUCUUGAUUUGCAACUCUAUCUUCUGCACUCUGAGUCGAAGAAAUUAUGGCUUUUGAGGAAAAUUUCUUGAGCGCGCAAGUUCUUUAUCAGCUCAGCUGGAAUGGCAAACUUGAGCAUCCCCACAUAAUCGACGUUGAGUAUGCGUCCGACCAAGGUGGCCUCCGUCUGAGAGAUGUGAAGGAGCGACUCACCAGGCUCCGUGGUCAUGGCAUCAACGACUCGUUUUCAUGGUCCUACAAGAGGACUUACAGUAAGACAUUUAUCUGGAACGACUUGAGUGAUGACGAUGUGAUCCAUCCCCUAUGCGGUUCUGGAGAGUACGUCUUGAGAGCUUCAGAAUUGAUUGACACUAAUGAAAGAAAGUCGUGCGAUGUUCACAGCAGGCAUUCGAACAAAAGUAUGCAAAGCUCUCCAACAAUGUUACUCGACAAUGUAACCUCGAAGCAAGACACGAUCAUCGGUGAUGUGCAUUUUGGAGCUCUUGAAAGUGGAGAGAACCGACGCAUUGGCGAUAAAUUGAACUGCUUGGUUCGAAACUCUGGUGCAAAUUUGGAGGAGGUCAAAAGUUUGAGAGGUGUAUCGGCUGUUAUUUCCCAGAGCCUACCCACUCUAUAUGCGGACCAAGAAAUAAUGGAUGUGGAGAAGUCAGACUUCUGCCUGUCGUCUUCUGAUACCGAAAUCUCUCCACGUCCUAAAAUGACCGUCGACAGCAUCAAACCUGUAAAGGACGUCAACCUCGUUGUGAUGACGAAGUCGUCAACAGUUCAUGGUGUACAUACCCCUCCAAGUCCGUCCCUCAAGUCGUCGACGGAACUGCCAUUCUCUCCCGGUGGAACAAAGAGACUGUGGGAGAAAGAAAUCAGAAAGAGUCUCUUUCGAACUCGAAACUCGUCGAAUGUGAAUUCAGUCUCUACUGAAGAUUUUACAGCGGUGCAUAUGGAACUUCCACCAAACACCCACAGCACUCACGAAGAUAAUUCAUUCUGGAGAGACAGCCGGUCAAAAAGCCCAAGCCCCUCCAGCCUUAACGAGUUAAAAGAAGUGCAGAUCGACAAAGAGGAGGUUGAACAGUCCACUUCGCAGCUGAUCAGACUACUCUGGGCUCGGUGGACUGGAGGAAGCAGCAAGGGUAAGCGGAUCCCUUACAAUACAUGUGAAGGGGCAUCCACAAAGAUUCCAGAAUCCAAGCAUAACUCGCCGUACCGAACUAAGUCGCCUUACAAAGAGAUUAGAUCAACUCACGUUGAAGGUUCCCAUCAAGAGACCCGUCAAUCACUGGCAGUGCAGAGCAAAGCACGUGUUUCUCUUGAGAUAAAGGAGAUUUUACCGCCAGAGGAGUGUAUGCAUUAUCCGUCACCGAUGACUGUUCAGAACGUUACGGAGGUUGCAAGUCCUCAUGCACAAACUGACGGGGGUGGGGACGUUUGUACCAUCAAGACAAUUGUCAGUGAACAGGCUUCACAACCAUACCCUGAACCACGGGAUUUGAGAACGGAUCAAGGAAUACUGUCUGAGAAAACACCUGGUUUGCAUAUUGCCGUGCUUGAAGGUUUGACAUCUGACGCACCCAGCGGGCCCGCAGAAGCAGAAGUUGACACCCCUCUACCAGCAGUAGCCAGAGCGAAAACAGGGAACACUCUUUCGAAGCUGAAGACAAUCGCAUCAUCAAAGCCUCUUCCUCCCGGUUUUCACAAGGGAACCAAUGACACAAAACCAGUGCAGAUCACCCCGAGGAGAACUCCCAGAAAUUCUAUUCCACUUGCAUCCCCACCAUUGGUGCGGUCUUUCAGCAGGGAUGCAGUGAGGGGCUUUAGCUCGCUUGCUGCCAUCUCCCUAUGCCCAGAUAAGGAUUCCGUGGCCUGUACUCCUUCACCGGAGAAAACAAUUGUGAAGAAGCGCAUCAACUACAGUGCAAGAGAAGAGAUGCCGCUUGUACCUGGAUUGACGACUUUGGACUGGGAGAAGGCUCUGCAAGAGGCCACCACUGAUUGUUUACCGCCACCGAACUUCAGCGACAUCCUUCAGGAAUGCUCGAUCUGUCGACGGACAUUCAAACCAGAUUCAUUGCAGGUGCACAUGAGAGGGUGCCAUCCUCCGCAAUACGCAAGAGCAUUCUCCGCGCGGGCAUCCCCGCAUGUGGUCCGAUGCUGAGAUUCGUUAUUUGUGCGGCUGGCCAUCAUGAUCUAUUUCGUGCACACUUCACCACCUCACACAGAUGUAAUGAGUUUUUAUCAGCAUGCACGGGGAUGCUGCAGUUCAACUUUCGGAUAGUCCCUUCCUACGGCAAACGUGUUGAAGGCUGAACGAUCAAUGAUAAUCAAGGAUGAGAGAAUCCAAGAACAGUUCUCCAUGUGAGAUGGUUUUUUAGGGAUAAACUAUAAAAUCAUCUAUUCUAAAUUUAGUCCAGUUUCUCGUCGGAGAGUGGAAUCGUUAGCAUUGAGAAUUUUUUUGCGAUUUGGUGCAAAGUAUUUACCCACAUUUGGUGAAUCGAGUUAGGACUAAUGGUAAAAUCAACCAGAGUCUAGCCAUUCUUUCAAUUUCUACGAUUGUCAACCAGACGGGAUGCUGCAGUGACAGGAUUCUCAAACUCAUGUUAACAGCUCCAUCAUUUGAAUUCCAUGUUUCCUCGGAGAUAAACUGAGUUGUAUUUCUCAAUUAAUCGCCGAGAUCUGAGAAAUGUGCUUGUA